UGGAGACACUUUGAGAUGUAAGCAAGCAUAUUCUUUUAAAAUUCCUCGUCAGAAACAUUAUUUCCUCUUGUUCUGAACCAUGUUAUAAUGUAAUAUCUCCGUCUCGAGCCAGUUCAAUUAAGUUAUAGAAACAGGAAAAAAUAUAACUUACGAAAAUACGAACUAACUUUGAGACGGGAAUGUUACACAUCUCUUGUAUGUAUAGCACAUAUUUGAGGGCAAGCCUUAUAGAAGAGGUAAAGUUGCUCCUUGUGACCCACGAAAGCUCACGGGUUUGAGUUUUAAAACAAGAUUUUGCAGUAGGCAUCCUGGUAUAGUAUAGAGAAAUGGAAGACAACAUUACAAAGACAAUUGUUGUUGGAGUUGUUUCUUGGACAACAACUUUUCUCUUAGCAAGGAGAAUCUUUCCCAAGCGCUCUUUUGAUUUUUGUAACCGUGUUGUCUCUACAAUCCACGCAACUUUAGCAGUAACAUUGGCUAUGCUUUCUGUUGAAGAUUGGAGGUGUCCACUUUGUCCUUUGGCUUCAAAGUCUUCCCAUAGACAGAUGCAAGUUCUUGCAGUGAGCCUUUCUUAUCUCGUUUAUGAUUUAGUAUGUUGUCUCUUUGCUGAAAGAGUUAAUCUGGACAACAUCAUCCACCAUUUUGUAAGCAUUGUUGGACUUGGAGCAGGUCUUUGCUAUCAAAAGGGUGGGUCAGAGAUUAUAGGGGCAUUAUGGGUAUCAGAGACGUCAAGCCCAUUCUUGCAUAUGAGAGAGCUUCUAAAGGAGCUUGGUUACAGGGAUACCCUCCUUAAUUUGACUGCCGAUAUUCUAUUUGCUGCCAUAUUUAUAUUUGCUAGGAUGUUGGUCGGACCGUGCAUCACUUACCUAACUUUCUCUGCUAACAAUCCACUUCUCAUAAAGGCUAUGGGAUUGGGUUUGCAGCUGGUAAGUACAUUUUGGUUCUUCAAAAUUAUAAAAAUGAUGAAACACAAACUAACCAAGAGACCAACAUCUGAAAAUGGGACCAAGCAUACCAACAUCAUGAGGAAAACGACUAAUUCACAAUUUCAAGAUAGCUAGCGAUAAAUGUCUUGAGAGUUGAACAUCAUGCUCCUUACCCAUGAACAACGAGACACUAGACAAAUGGACACUUCUUAAGUUGCAAAAUCGAUCAUUUCAAUUUGCCUGUGUAAAGUGUGAACAAUGUACUGUAAUUUUGCAGCUGUUUGACAGUUGAAUUUGAUUGCCUUGUGCAUCUGGGAGACAUCAAUUUCGUACAUUAUUU